CCCGGAUGUAACCAACGCCUAACCUGUGUGAAGAAAAACGGUGAGUAGAGUGAGAAAAACAUCCUGAAAUAACUCUUAAUGCUUCAUCACACCGGGAGACACAUGUGACAGAGCCGGCGUGACAUUAUUAAGUUUGUACUGAGAUGCAGACUAUAAAAUGUGUAGUGGUAGGGGACGGUGCAGUAGGAAAGACCUGUUUACUGAUCUCCUACACGACCAACAAGUUCCCCUCAGAAUAUGUGCCUACGGUUUUUGACAAUUAUGCAGUGACAGUGAUGAUUGGGGGAGAGCCCUAUACACUCGGCCUAUUUGACACAGCAGGUCAGGAGGAUUACGACAGGCUGCGUCCUCUCAGCUAUCCACAGACAGAUGUGUUCCUUGUAUGUUUCUCCGUCGUCUCACCUUCAUCAUUUGAAAACGUCAAAGAGAAGUGGGUUCCUGAGAUUUCUCAUCACUGCCCACGCACACCCUUCCUGUUAGUGGGCACACAAGUGGACCUGCGGGAAGACAGCAACACGAUUGAGAAGCUGGCAAAGAACAAACAGCGCCCCCUAUAUCCUGAGAGUGGAGAGAAGCUGGCCCGUGAGCUCAAGGCUGUCAAAUAUGUGGAGUGCUCUGCUCUGACACAGCGAGGGCUUAAGAAUGUGUUUGACGAGGCCAUCCUGGCUGCCUUGGAGCCUCCUGAGACCAAAACCAAGAGAAAGUGCGUUCUGCUAUAGAUGAACAACAACAGUGAGAAAUAUGACGGUGUAAGAAAUAGGUGGGGCGAAAGAAAGCAACAGAAAGAUCAAUGGCCAUUAUGAAAAAAAAAAAUGAAAAAAAAAAGGACAAAGCAAAAGGGGAAGGGGAGGUACAGUGCCAUUGAGGCUUAUUCUAAUACACGU